AUGAGUGAGAGUGAGGAACGUCGAGAUAUUCGAAUAGUGCGGCCGAUCAUUCGAGAAUUUUUCGAUUUUGAAGUGAUACAAGAUGAUUUACUCAGGUAAUUUGAAUUUAAAAUAAUCAGUAGAGUUUACUUUAGCUUUUUUAUCGUUCAUUAGUUUCAAAAAUUGUCGCAAAACCUGCUACCUUGCAGCCCGCGCGACCCGCACGCAGCCUGCAGAGCCAAAAAAUAGAAAAAAAAAUAUUUUCAGAAAAGCUCCAGUCCAUCUAGGAGGCAAUUUCCAGUCUGUUCGACUUUUCGGUGGCCAAACUGUAGCCCAAAGUUAUGCGGCGGCCAAGAAAAUCUACAAGACUAAGCAUCCCGAGCGUUUGGACGUGAACUUUAUAGCUCCUGGCAAUGUUCAUCGAGAUUUAUAUUACCGACAUAAGGAAUUGAGCGGCGAAUUAGUUCAGAUCAAUGUAGAACAAGAUGGGAAGGUCAUAGCAAAUGCAAUUUUGAGGGUAGGUUUAGCUUAUUUUGUGUUUUGAUGGUUUAGGUAUGUUAUCCAUGAUGAGUUUGAAGGAUUAGGGUAGCCGACGGAUUUGAAAGGAUGGUGGAGGUAUAGGAUUGAAAAUUUGACUGCAGUUUAUUAUCUAAAUAAAGGACCAUCCUUUUCAGAUGUCUUCAACUCCAAUAACAGCCAAAACCCGGCCGUUUUCGACCUAUGUACCUGCUGAAAUCAAGGGACCGUUACAUUACAAGAAUCUGAAUGCAUACCUGUUGAAUAUGGAGCAAAAUGAAUGGAGAAGAAAGCACGGUUUCACAGGGAAACUGGAGACAAAAGAAGAUGUAUAUUUGUUCGAUUGGAGACCUGUUAACAUCCAGAAAUACCUCGGUUUGAGUGGCGAACGGACUGUGACGCAGGUUUGGGCAAGGUUGGCGGAUUCUGUUAGGGGUAUGUGGUGAUUUUUCGGAUUAGAUAUGAGAUGAUAGACUCAAAAAUUUUUUUAAAACAUUUAAUAGGCUUUUACUAAUGUUUUGACCAAUAAAGCUAUGUUAUAGUAGAUUAACUGAAGUUUAUUCUAGAUUUGCCCAUAACAGACCCUUUAUCAAUACCUAUUUUGAUGUCAGACUGGACUAUAGGUCAUCCCAUUGCCAUUUAUCAUAGACAGUUACAAAUUGAAAUACCCAGCAGUGCUUCGUUAACUCAUAAAAUCAUCUUUCAUCAGCAUAAUGUUAAUGUAAGUUACUUUGUUGUUAACUCUUAUCUUUAGGCCUUGUUUGAAAAAUUUUGGACUUUAGUCAUUGACAUCUUAAUUAUAGAUCAAAUAUAUGUUAAACUAUGUUAUAAAAACGAAUAUGAGGCUGUUUAACACUAAAAAAGGUAUAACAAUAUAACUUUAGCCCUACGGUUUCUUCUUUCUCCAAUUUGAUAUGGAUGUGGCCAAAGACGGCACCGCCUUGAUGGUGGGCCAAAUAUUCGACGAAAACCGAGAAAUUGUCAUGUCUUUUUUUCAAAAUCAUUACUUUAUCAGCGAUGCCAACGAUUUGAAAACACACAUUGAACUCAAAUCUCGAAUUUAA